AUGGUCAUUGGAAGAAGCAUUUUACAUACUACAAUAAUAAUAGGACUCGCGUUGGCGUUGUUCGCGAAGCCGGGAAGAUGCAUGGAAAUGGAUAAUAGUGACGAAUAUACACGCCCUGAAAUAGUUGAUGCUGGACCAAAGACUUUUCAUUGGCUAUGUACUAUGGGCUUGCUUCUGAUUCUUCCAUCAGUGGCAACAGCGCUCUCCUUUGCGGAUAAGCUGGGGUUAUCGCUAUUUUUGCAAUUUGUGUCUGCUGUGUACGCAAUGAUCGAGGCUGUAGUACUAAGGUUCCCAGAUGCGGACGGAAUUGAAAAUCGAACAUCAAGAGGUACAGCUUGGUUUUUGAUGGCCCUCUUAAGCUGCACCCUAUUCUUAGGAAGCCUAGCCAGCGGCACUGGUGCUUUAAUUCGGAACAAAAGAUUGCAAUCCUUUGUAACAUACACCGGAGAGUAUAAACUCCGCACCCUUCAUAAAGUGUUCUCUAUGGCGGCAGUCCUCACAGGUUGGGUAAAAACCUGCUUAGCACCUGUCGCCAUGUUUGGGUUUUGUCGGGAUGCCCACACAGGCCAGUGUAUUGCUCACGGAAUAAUGGGCUCGGCGUUCGUUCUUUACGGGUUUGUGUACUCUAUGGUCUUAGUGCUGCCUUGGAUCCGUAAUAAUCAAGGAAAAUACUCUCAAGAUCGUAUAGAUAGUUGGGUGAUGUGCGCCUGGGGAAUUGUGAAUACUUUUACUGAGCACCGGUGGGGUAGAGAAGGCUGGGGCCAUGGCGACUACCAGCAUACGGCCAUGGGAAUUAUAUGGUGGGCUGGGGGUUUACUCGGCAUAUUCUUGUCCAGGAACGGUAAAAGAACCUUCGUUCCCAGCCUCCUUAUAAUAUUUACAGGGUGGGCCAUGUCAGAGCAUAGCCAACAUCUCAUCAUUAGCACCAAAGUUCACGCACUUUUUGGUUAUGUCCUCAUGGCUGGGGGGGCCUUUAGAAUUAUAGAAAUAUCCUUUCUCCUGAGAGACAGACGCUCUGACGGCGGUAUCAUGUCUUUCCAGUACUUGGCGCCCUUCUGCUUGGUUUGCUCAGGAAUCUUGUUUAUGAGCGCCAAUGAGGAACAACUAAUUCUGGUUGUGAGACUUGGAGCUGACCACAGUGCGUAUAGCUUGGUCGUGAUUUCCGCAGCAUUUAUGACUUAUUUGUGGAUUAUAAUGGCUCUUGAGCUGUACCUCAGAUUAGCUAGUGGAUCAGAAAAAAGUCCGCUCAAUGAUUAUAGAGCGAGUGAUGUAACUGAGUUCGAGCUUGAUAACAUCGGCGAUGUAGACAGGGAACUGGAAGCCAGGACGUAA